CAGCUCUCUCUGCUUUCCCUUCAGAAACACAAAGUCGGUGUCUCAAUCCAGAGCUUGCCUUCUCUCUCUUUCUCCAUUCCUCCAUUUGAAGACACUCACACUCUCAGACAAAGCUCAGCUUUAAUGGCUUCCUUCUAAAUACACAUCUACAACACCACCAUCUCCUCUCUCUCUCUUUCUCUCUGAUUUCUUUAAUCCCUCUCCGAAACUUCGCUUUCGGAGCUUUCUCCUUGUACCGUUCCCCCUCUUCAUCAGAUCUAGCAUUUUUUGGAGUUAUCCAUCAUCAACCGCCUCUGAUUUUUGAUUUCCUCACCCAAAGAGAUGUCCCCGCUCCCACUCUCCCUCCUCCUCUUAUUCUGCGCCGCCGCGGCGUCGCUUUGGACCGGCACGGCCGGCGAAGUGCCGACCUGCUCCGGGAUAGUCCCGAUGAGGUACCGGAACGACAAGAUAUCGAUUGCGGACUUCGGCGGCGUCGGCGACGGGAAGACGCUCAAUACCAAGGCGUUCAGGGAGGCGAUUUACCGGAUCCAGCAUUUGAAGAGGCGCGGCGGCACUCUGCUUUACAUACCGCCUGGGGAGUAUUUGACGGAGAGCUUCAACCUCACCAGCCGCAUGACCCUCUACUUGGCUCGAGGCGCCGUUAUCAAGGCCACUCAGACCGUCGAUGCAUGUGCCUGACAUUUAGCGGCUUAAUUAAUUGCUGAAAAGGGGGCAACUGUGCUCUGGUGCUUGGACAAACGAAUAGCUGGCAGAGUAAUUUCAACACUUCUUUAAUGCCCAAUUGCCCAUCCAUACCAAUACCACAGCAACAAUGUUCACUUGGCUCCACCAUCAUGUGAUCCAGCAUGAGGAUUGUAGAUUUGGGAUCAUUCAUCACUGAAGACAGCGGCCUCUGUUUUUAUCUCUACCAGAGCUAAAUAACUUGUUUCCGAUAUUACUACUGGAUCCCAGGAAGGGAAAACGUUCUUUAAUAAACAGCAAUUAUGAAGGCUGGAUGCGAUUUUUCUUGAGUUGCUGCUUUCUCUUCCUUGUUGGUUUGCUGCUCCAUAUUUGGAAACUAGGAAUUGGCCUUUGGUUGCUCCUUUGCCAUCCUAUGGAAGAGGGAGAGAACUCCCUGGUGCAAGGUACAUGAGCUUCAUUCAUGCGGAUGGAGUGCACGACGUGAUCAUAACAGGCGAGAAUGGCACCAUUGACGGGCAAGGAGAUGUUUGGUGGAAUAUGUGGAGGCAGCGAACGCUUCAGUAUACCAGACCGAGCCUCGUUGAGUUCAUGAAUUCACGUGACAUAAUCAUUUCCAACGUCAUCUUCAAGAACUCUCCCUUUUGGAACAUUCACCCUGUUUAUAGCAGCAACGUUGUGGUUCGAUACGUUACCAUCCUGGCUCCCCAUGACUCUCCUAACACCGAUGGAGUCGAUCCAGAUUCAAGCUCCAACGUGUGCAUAGAAGAUUCCUACAUCUCAACCGGCGACGACCUCGUCGCCGUGAAGAGCGGCUGGGACGAGUACGGAAUCGCAUUCGGCCGCCCCAGCACAGACAUCACCAUCCGCCGGAUCACGGGUUCAUCCCCUUUCGCCGGGAUCGCAGUCGGAAGCGAAACCUCCGGCGGUGUGAAGAACGUCCUGGCCGAGAACAUAAACCUCUACAACAUGGGCGUGGGGAUCCACAUAAAGACCAACAUGGGCAGGGGAGGCUUCAUCAGGAACAUCACCGUCUCCCACGUCUACAUGGAAGACGUCCGAACAGGGAUCAAAAUCUCCGGCGACGUCGGCGACCACCCGGACGGCAACUUCAACCCGAACGCUCUCCCCGCCGUCAAAGGGGUGAGGCUCAACGGUAUCUGGGGUCAGAGGGUUAUUCAGCCUGGUUUGAUUCGUGGGCUGAAGGAUGCUCCGUUCAAGGGAGUCUGCUUAUCGAAUAUCAACCUCCACAGCGCUCAGAGGACGAGAUCCAAUACCCCGCCAUGGAAAUGCUCUGAUGUCAGCGAAGGUUCCGUUCAGGUCAGCCCUUCCCCUUGCUUCGAGCUCGCUUCCACUAAUGGCGCCGGUGGUUGCUCCGAUCACUUCCGAAAUCUCUGAUCAAUUAGUUUCAGUUCCUUUGUUCACCAUCGAUCGAGCUCCGAUUUCGAUGAGUUUUCAGAAAUCUGGAGUGUUGUUGUAAAGCAAACUGGCUAUAUAUCCUGCCCUUUUCAGUUCUUGGUUUGCUUCAAAUUUAUUAUUACAUUAUUCAUUGUCGUAAUAGAAUGAUAUAAGAUCUAUUUGCAAAAUCCAUGUUCCAUGAAAUCAGGAAAACAACCAGGAAUCGUUGAAAGAAAAGAGCGUGAACUCCGACUCGUGACAAUGGGUAAACUGAAGAGCUGCACUUUCCAGUUCAACUCACAAGAAAUCCUAUUUUGAACCUCCUUUAAAUCAACACAGAAAUGUAUAACUAGAUCCAUUCUCAACUGAUCACCUGACUUCAUAAACCUUCAUCAACAGGAUUCCUUAUCAAAUUUAGCACAAGAUCAAGCACCACACUUCGUAAUGGGCUAAACAGCCUGCCUCCAAACUUUCCUUCUCAUUUUGCACAGCAACCUUCUUCCAGUUCACUCCAUAAACGAGAGCCAGAAAGCCAAAAUAAAGAACAGACUACAGAGGCACCUAGGUUUUUCUUCAACAAUGCACCAAAACCGCGAUAUGAAUCCUCUUUGUUCUUGGACAAUACUCCCCACCUUCAACAUCGAUUAAGGAAACACGACCUAGAUCUAAUUGAGAAAUCUAUGGUCAAUGAAAUAAGGAUAACAAUUACAGAGGAUCCCAGAUCCAUCCUCAACUGAUCACCCGACUUAAUAAAUCCUUUCAUCAACAGGAUUCCCAACCAAAUUUAGCCCAUGAUCAAGCACCGCACUUCACAGAGGGCUAGAAAAGGGAAUUGAUCCGUAAACUAGAGCUGGACAGCCAAAAUAAACAGCAGAGACACCUAAUUAUUCCUUCAGCAAUGCACCAAAACCGCGAUAUGAAUCCUCUUCUCUUCUUGGACAAGACUCAGGAGUUCUGCAUUAUGAUUAGCAUUCCCGAAUCCCAUCCACAUCCGAACCUCGUUUAAGGAAACACGACGGAGAAUGAAUGAGAGAGAAACAACCUCUUGAAGACUGAAUGGAUUAGGGUUUGCAGUCUGUUCGGGUAUUCUCAUUUCCAUCUAUGGUGGAUUCAUUAAUCUCGAAGCACUUGAUUCUCUGACUCUCCUCGAGAACCGACCAAUUAGGCGACUGAACAGCUCUAAGCCACUUGAAAUCAUCCACAUUUGCCCAGUUCCCACUCUCAUCUCCCAACCCUGCUUCCUUCAGCUCCUUCCCAAUCCCUUCAUAACUCAAACAGUAAGGCGCGAAUCUCACCCUCGAACAAUCUUCGAUAAUCGGCCUGCUCCUAACCCUAAGGUAAAAAUCACACCCGCUAGCAUCGUGUAUCCUGAUCUGAUGAGACGCCAACACAAAAACACAGUUCUCGACUUGCUCAAUCAACACCGAACCAAUAACCGGACCGGUGUAAACCCUACAGUUCCUCAAUCUAUUGAAGAACAGUGCAUUGAUGCGGCCAAUCAAUCUCACUUCACAACCAUCCAAAUCGGCAACAGUAAACUCACCGAUUCCCAAGCCUCUGAAAUUCUUCGUCAACGUUACCUCCUUGGCGUUCCGAAACCCCGGCGAAUCUCGAAUCACGAGGACCGGCGGUUGCUGCUUUGGGAGUCCGGGAUCUUUCGGUUGAACCGCUGCUGGGAAUUUGGUGGCCGUGGCGGCCGACUUGUUCCUGAACGAGAACUUCUUCUUCGGGAGAAGCUCGGCGCUCUGAGUUUCCACCGCCUGCUUGAGUUCCGCGACCGAUUUGAGGCCGGAUCGGAGCUCGUAGGAAGGGAGGGAGUAGGAGCUCUCGGCGACGAGUUGCUCUAGCGCGGCGAUGGAAGAGGAGAUCCCGUCGAGGUGAGAUCUGAGAGCGGAAGGAUCGACGGUGGAGGAGUUGGCAAGGAGGGAUUCGAUCGAGCGCUUGGACUCGGAGAAUUUGGUCGCGAAGGAGGCGGCGGUGGAGACGGAGUUAUCAUCUUCGGCGGAUCUGGUGCAGUUGAAGCCGCUGCCUCCGGUUCGCGAUUGAUGGCGGUUCGACAGUCGAUCGAUCAUCGCUUGGUGCUUCUUCUGCAAGGAUGCCUCGUUGGAUUUGCUAGUUCCAGACUCGGCCAGGGCUCCGUCCGCCGCAUGGAAUUGCAUUUCUUCUCCUUCCAUUGUUGCUCGAGAGGCGACCAAGGUGAAAAGCGGCGGCGGUUCGUU